AUGUCUGCCUGUAUAUUCUGCCGUAUUAUCAAGGGCGAGAUCCCAUCCCUGAAGCUCUUUGAGAGUGACAAGACGCUGGCAUUCCUCGACAUCGGACCUCUAAGCAAGGGUCAUGCGCUUGUCAUCCCGAAGUUUCAUGGCGCAAAGCUGGCUGAUAUCCCCGAUGAUCAGCUAUCCGAGAUUCUGCCUACUCUCAAGAAGCUCGUGACAGCUACUGGAGCCACCGACUACAACAUCCUCCAAAACAACGGAGCCAUUGCCCACCAAGAGGUGCACCAUAUUCCGAAGCCCAAUGAGAUAGAGGGCCUUGGCAUUACCUGGAAUUCGACUCCUACGGAUAUGCCAAAGCUUAAAGCGCUGUGUGAGCGAAUCAAGGCCAAUAUGUAA